AUUAUGAAAUCGAAAUGAAGGAAGUACUAGAAAUGAAUGAGCUUUUUUCUGAAAGCACAUAUCAUAUAGAAAAUGAUAAAGAAAUGCCAUAUUUUAAUAAUCAUGUUCUUAUCCCGUUGCAAAUUAAAAAGUUUCAAAAAAUAUUUUACCAAAGUACAAUUAAAGAAAACAACGACGAACAAGAAAUUAAUGAAAAACUAACU